AUGCCGGCGCGUCCUCGGGGGGCUUCGGGGGCUAUUGCCCCUCCUUCCGAUAUAUCAUUAAAACUAAACCCUAAAAAAAUUAAAAAACUAAUUAAAACAGCUGAAAAUCUAGCAGCAGUUCAAACGAUACAACAAACCCUCAAAAGACUCCCUCUCCUACCUACAGCCUUCGCUUCAUUUACACUCAAACAAAACAAACCAAAAGACGGGGCCCCCACAGAGGGGGGCCCCACAGAGGGGGCCCCCAAAGGUGGGGCCCCCAUAGAUGGGGCCCCUAAAGGGGGGGCCCCCACAGGGGGGGCCCCCAUAGAAGGGGCCCCCAAAGGGGGGGCCCCCAUAGAAGGGGCCCCCAAGGGAGGGGCCCCCAUAGAGGGGGCCUCCAUAGAGGGGGCCCCCAAAGGGGGGGCCCCAAUAGAAGGGGCCCCCAAGGGGGGGGGCCCCGUAGAGGGGGCCCCCAUUAGGGGUAUAGGGGGCCCCCCAGUUGGUAUUGUGGAGGCGGCGAAGGAUCCUCUCGUCGCAUUUCUUCACUUUCGGCUUGAGGUAGAAGAGGGACAGCCUGUGGUGUAUCUGUAUGAACUUCAAAUCAAAGAGGCGUAUCGAUCUCGUUCUAUUGGCCGUCGUUUGCUGUUUAUGUUGGAAGUCUUCACUCGUAAAUUAAAUAAAGAUAUGAAGCAUUUAAGACUGCAUGCAGCAGCAAAUAAACUUGUUGAACUACCCCCAGCAGCAGCAGCAGCAACAGCAGCAGGAACUGCAGCAGCAGCAGCAACAGCAGCAGGAACUGCAGCAGCAGCAGCAGCAGCAGCAGGGGGAACUGCAGCAACAGCUGCAGCAGCACCAGGAAAUGCAGCAGCGGCAGCAGCUGCUGCAGCAACAUCAGCAGCACCAUCAACUGCAGCAGCAGCAACAACAACAGCAGCAGCAGCAGAGGAUCCGUUGCUGCUGCCUAUACAGCUGAAAAAGAUUAUGUGUACAGUACUACGCUGCAACGAGAGAGCAAUGUCUUUCUAUAAAAAUGUUUGUAGAUACACCUCAGAUGAGUCUUGCCCUUUAUGGCUGCUGCAGCAGCAGCGGCAGCAACAGCAGCAGCAGCUAACAGCAGCAGACGCAACCGAAGACGAAGAAGAACCUGAAUAUGAAAUACUUAAAAAAGUCAUCACCCCCUAG